AUGAUGUCUGACACCCGCCCUUUCUCCCCCUGCAUGAAGUCGACAAAUCUAGACUCACCCCAGGACAGACUGUCAUAAUGACAUUUAUAUGAUAGCGCGUAUAUAUAACUAUGAUAGUAUCAGGCUCCAACUGAUCUUGCCUCCAACUUCCGAAUCAUUCUCUUUCGUUGAAGCAUUUCCUGCGACUCGAGGAAGAUGUCUAAAUCUCCAAUCACCUGUCACAUUGCUAUGGUCUUGUUGUAUGUAGUCCUUGAUGCAUCACUAGGCAAGCCGGCUGAAGGUGUCGAAGUGACCCUUCAAGUCUUCCAUAAACUACCCAACAAGUCCUCCGUAUGCGAGCCUCUCGCAGAAAGUCGUACAGAUGCAGACGGCCGAUGCAUGCACCUAUGGCCUGAAGCAAGCUCGACACAGUCCAAAGAGGACCGAUCCAAACUCGAAGCAGGGAAGUGCUACAAAGUGAUUUUCCAGACGAAGGAGUAUUUCGAACGUACGGGAAGGAAGAGUUUCUAUCCAUGGGUAGAUAUCACAUUCGAAGUGGAGAACCCAACGGAACAUUAUCAUAUCCCGUUAUUGAUUAGUCCGUAUUCCUUCACUACGUACAGAGGGAGUUAGAGUAGCGGAGAAGCGAAGAAGAGGGAAGUACAGGGACGAAGAGUGGGUCGUGUGCUACAGGUGAGAAGGAGAAGGAUGAUUGCUGAUGAGGGAGAAGUAGGCGUGUAAUAACAUGUGUGGAAAUGACGGAAAAUGUAUGCUGAAAUGUAGUAUACUGGACAGUGGACACUGUACACAUGCGAUGCUAUGUAUGGACAUGGGAUAUCUAACAGCUGAGUUACUAUGUAGUAUGCGAACUAUGAAACAAUGGACGCC